AUGGCCCACCUCACAAGGCCUGAUCUAGAUAUGGACAAUCCGUCCUCUGAUGUGGGCGACAGUCAGGAUUCGCCGCUGCGCCGACAGUUCUCCGAGCCUUUCCGGCCACAGUCAACUUCCACCCAAAUUUCUCAGUCACCCGAACCAUUUGCGCGCAACUUAAAAUGCGACUGGUGUGGCAAACUUUUAGAGUAUCCGCAAGAUGGUUCCAUCUCUGAAGAAGAGAUACUCAAUGCCCAUGUGGCUGAAGAACAUCCUUCACAUGACCAAUACGGUUAUGAGGAAGAUGAGGUCGAUGAAGAUGCUGAUGAACUCGAAGAAGGUGAAGAUGUUGAUGUCGAAGAUGGCGAAGACGAUGUUGAAGGUGAAGAGGCCGAAGCCGAGGCCGAGGUUGACGGUGAAGAACAUGAACAACUCGACAUCAACGGCGAUGAAAUCGUGAAUGGUAUCACUCAGUCCAAAGGCGUGCAUGGCGAAGAAGAGCCUGUGACUGCUGCUCCAUCUAUGAAUGGCGAGCACAGCGACGCAGAGCAUGAAACCGGCAAAAUUUCUUUCAUUCCCAUUAAAACCGCCCAAGACACGUCUGGAAAACGUGACCUCAUUGAGUGGCUCUCAAAUCCUCGAAGUACCUUUGCAGAGGAUUACAAACGACGCGUGGCUGAGUGGCAAGGCCCGCAGAUGAACGAUCGUCUUUCCAAAAUCUGGACAGUCAACGAUGUCAGCAACUUUUGUCCCACUUACGAACAUGACCUGGCCAGAGUGGACAACACAUGGCAACACGUCUUUCACGAUGCAAAGCCAAAGAAACGCGAUGCAUCUGAGCCUUUGGUCCGACCUGAUCCGUACAAAAAGACCAAGACUGAAAACGGUCAGUUCCUUGAUCUGAACUCAAUGGAUGAUUUGUUGGAAGUGCUUCGCAAGCCUGAGAAUUUAUCACCUGAAGAACUGUACGCUGCCACCGAGGCUGUGGCGUUCGCAAUGAAAGUUUGGCAAGAUGAAUAUCUCGCUCUCGACCAGCUCUACCUCCAGGCUCAUCGCCAUCAUCGGAGCGCACUUCCAGCGGAUGCCAAGCGAGACUUGAACAUGGGUAACAAGAAAAAGACCAGUCACCCACUCGCCCGAGUACCAGAGGACCCUCGUGACCACGAGGAUAGGAAAGAAGCGCAAUUGUAUGGGUACAAGCAUAUCUUCCACAAUCAGAAUGUCAGCACUGCUGUCGUCUGGAACCCGCAAAAUCCGUUUACUCAGGGCGGCUUUGUUCCAACUACAGCACAGGGAAGGAAGAUGGCUGCCAAAGUCGCACCCGGCGAUCGAAACCCCGACGGUUGGGUUCCUGUCAUUAGAGAUGGCACUGAGUUCAUACCUAAGCUGUACGAGAUUCGGAAGGAGCCACUGCCACCAAAGCAUACUCGCAAGCGCAAGGCCGUAGAAGUCGAUACAUCAAAGACUGACACUGAGACUCAAAAUGACUCGGCAGAAGAGACCGAAGAGGAGGAGAUCCAUUCCGCGAAGCGUCGUACCAGAGGCCGUGGUGGUCGACGUGCUACCUUUGAGGCAUACCAGCCAGUCGAUCCCCCUGUCAGUACACCUCGCGGCCGCGGACGAGGCCGUGGUCGUGGCCGUGGCCGAGGCGUUGGCCGCCCUCCCUUGACUCGGGCUUCUUUGGAUUCAAAUCAACCUGUCGUCUACACUCCUACCUCUGGUCGAGGCCGAGGCCGACGCGGUGCAAGCACCGUGGUUGCCGCUACUCCCAUUGUCUCACGCUCGACCGAGGAGACUGCAUCAAUGCCUGCUGAUUCUCCAGCUCCGGAACCAAACUCUUCGUCCAAGGCCACAACUUCUCUGAGGCGUGAUGCUACCCAAGAGGAGAUUGAAGAAGCUCGCCGCUUAAAGAUCAUGAAUUCCAAGAAUCCCAAGCGAACGAAGGCCAUGCUCGACCACUGGGAGCGCUUCAACCGCGAAGGACGUAUCCGAAACCCCAAGCGAUCCAAGGCCCAAAUUGAGCAGGAUCGCGUGCAUGAAGAUGUCCGGAAAGUCAAGGAAGUCUCUCGGCCUCCUGGUCGCCGCCGCCGCUCUCCUUCCCUUGCUCCUAUCCCCACGGGAAAUCUCGCACCCAAGGCCCCCAACACUAUGCCUCCCAUGGCCCCCAUGGCCGGUCAACCUCCCCACAUGGGCCCUGGUCCUACUCUACCGCCCAUUGGCAUGGCACACUACGCCUCAAAUCCCUACAACGCACCCCCUCUUCCUCCCCAUGCUCACCUUGGCCAGCCUAUGCCGCCUGCUGCUCAAUACGCUCCAUUCCCUUAUGUAACCUACCCACCCAUGGGCGGCCUACCUCCUCCCCCCCAAUCCUGA